AUGAGAUCCCCUCUAAUCCCUGAAAUGGCGACACAGGAGGUACAGCUGAACGAGACUCUGGCCCACCUCAAAACGGAGUCGGAGACGCUGAAGUCGAAGCUGGAGGAGGAAAGAGCGAAGCUGCACGACGUCGAGCUACAUCAGGUGGCGGAGAAGGUGGAGGGGCUGGGUCAGUUUGUCAUGAAGACCCGGAGAACUCUGAAGGGACAUGGCAACAAAGUUCUGUGCAUGGACUGGUGCAAGGACAAGAGGAGGAUCGUCAGCUCCUCACAGGAUGGGAAAGUGAUCGUAUGGGAUGCCUUCACCACCAACAAGGAGCAUGCUGUGACAAUGCCCUGCACCUGGGUGAUGGCCUGCGCCUACGCCCCCUCCGGCUGCGCUGUGGCUUGUGGGGGCCUGGACAAUAAAUGCUCGGUGUAUCCUCUGUCUCUGGACAAGAAUGAGAACUUGGCUGCCAAGAAGAAGUCAGUGGCCAUGCACACAAACUACCUGUCUGCCUGUAGCUUCACCAACUCGGAUAUGCAGAUCCUGACGUCCAGUGGGGAUGGAACGUGUGCAUUAUGGGACGUUGAGAGUGGGCAGCUGUUGCAGAGUUUCCAUGGACACGCAGCAGACGUGCUCUGUCUGGACCUGGCCCCCUCUGAGACUGGAAACACGUUUGUUUCAGGGGGCUGUGAUAAGAAGGCGAAUGUGUGGGACAUGCGUUCAGGACAGUGUAUUCAGUCCUUUGAAACUCAUGAAUCGGACAUAAAUAGUGUGCGAUACUAUCCCAGUGGAGAUGCAUUUGCGUCUGGCUCAGAUGAUGCUACAUGCCGCCUGUAUGACUUAAGGGCAGACAGAGAAGUGGCCAUUUAUUCAAAAGAGAGCAUCAUAUUCGGGGUGUCCAGUGUUGACUUCUCUCUCAGCGGCCGACUACUGUUCGGUGGCUACAACGACUACACCAUAAACGUUUGGGACGUUCUCAAAGGAACACGGGUCUCUAUUCUGUUUGGACAUGAGAACCGUGUGAGCACACUGCGUGUUUCCCCAGAUGGGACGGCCUUCAGCACAGGUUCCUGGGACCACACUCUUCGGAUCUGGGCUUAAGGAUGAAGACACAGAAGAUUAAAUGGUAGACAGACUUACUGAAGACACACAGACGUUUCUGUUUGCUAGAGUACAAUCACAGAGAUAGAGACUCAGUCUGGGUUGUAAAUAGGGCAUAUCAAUAGCAUUGUAUAUACUCCAGUGUCAUGGCCAGGGUAGAUUUACAUAUUUCAGAGAAUAAAUAAACCAAACGGCACG